GCUACAGCGACUGACAGCCCGACUCACCGAUGCCCUGCGCACACCACCACCAUCACUACCACCACUGGUACAACUACUAGUUCUACCUCACUUUCCGUGACUGCAGGGUAUACCAUGGGCACACGUUCGUGUAUAGUACUUUGCCUGCAUGACCACUGGGCACCUACACCAGAACCCCCCCUCCAUCCCUCUUCUCUUGCACUUGAAUCCAACCUUCAGGUCGUUGACUCAAUCUACACAUUCUUCCAUCCCACGCAGCCCGUCUCCCUUCUACACCCCCCGUCGUUGUGGUUGCUGAAUGGCUGAUGCAUGCCGCCCUGCAUUACCUCGCUCAAUGGACACUGCAUUACCAGAUUGAUUUCGUGAGCCAUCUUCUCCGCCAUCUGCAUUGCAUCUCACUCCAGUGAGGCACGACCACAACCGAGACCCGUAGCUUGACAUCGCCAACUUGAACCCUCCUCCAGAAGCGGUCACAGCACAAGUCGAAGGCCUUCGCCAGCAUCGGACGCUCCGUUCUCGCCACAGGUCAUGAAGAGCAGCAAAAGCAAUCACUUCUCUUCGCACUCUGCGCCAGCCUUGCCCGCAGAGAUCACCUGAGUUCAAUCAGUCGUCGGUGUGCUUGUACCUGCAUUAAGUGAGCCUGGCCAACAUCGCUUCAAUCUGUAACCCGCAUCUCUCCCACAUCACGGCACUCGACUCGCGUCAAGCUCGUUGAUAGACCGGUGUCCUUGGCCAAGUUUGGGGCUUAUCGACGCUAGAAACGAGAGUCACACGAAGCGAGCUUCUCGACAGUCAUCGAAGCUGUGCUCAAUGUGCGCUUCCAGACUUGCCUGACCUUCCUGCUGUGCACAACAACAGGGGCCCUUCUUUGCCGAUCCUCUCUAAAGAUGCCGCCUGCUUCACCGACUGUCUGACAAGGCUGUUCCCCCUUUGAGUUCCUGAAACGGAGGUACAAAGGUCUGCGGAAUAUUUGCGGCUAUGGCGGAUACAGACACGGCAUCAGCUGAGAAACAAAAGCCGGAGGCGCCAGAUAAAACAUCUCCAGAUAAUGAUGUUCUUCAUCAGAACUCGACUGGCAACGCCUCCGCAGAGCCUCCAAAGAAAAAGAGAAAAGUUGUCAAGCCAAAUCCGGACAAGAAGUUCGAGUGUAGGCACCCUGGCUGUGGGAAAAGUUACUCCCGGGCAGAGCACCUCUACAGACAUCAACUCAAUCACACUCCAAAGACUAUCUAUCGCUGCGACUACCCAGAGUGUAGCAGGCAUUUUGUUAGACAAGACCUCUGCAUUCGUCACAGGGAGCGCCACACCACUCAUGGAUCUCAACUAUCCAAGCGCGAUACCUUCGCUCAGGGCAAUCAGGAUACUCCGUCACAGGACCUCCAGAGUCAACUCCAUCGGGCACAAAACUAUCCCACUUCGGCGCCGAAAGUAAAGGGGCCUGGGCAGCAAGGAACGCCAACUGCUGGCUCACCGGUGCGUUCCAAUGGAACCCCUGGAUUCAAGCCGCAUUCUGCUAUACUCAAUAAUGCUGUCUCUCCAUCGGAGCUAUCGACAGAAGCACGCUAUCAUCCUGCGACACCGCAAGCAAUUGUUCCUCGCCCUGAUGGCCCCCUUAACCGAAGUAGCAGCACGGGAGAGAAACCAUUGAGUCCCGUGCAGAAACAAGAGAUUGCACCAUGGCCGGUUGAGAUACGUAGGCAGAGCUUCAAUCCGCGAGACCUCAGUCGCCCUGAUUUCGCAUACAAUCAAGCACAUACAAGAGAUGCAGCCUCAGGAUCGCUCAAUCCGCUUUCUCCCGUUCGCCAAUACUCGUCGUCCUCGGCGCCCGCAUUUGACCAGGGCAGUUCUGAUUCCCUCGAAGGGUUGGAAAAGUCGGCUCCUAAUGGCUUUUUCAAGCAAGCCGAAACGGGACCCACCUACACCUCCGCCGCCUACCAGGCUACAGAAGUAUCUCGUACAGAAGAGGCCUCCUUUACAGCAGCCCUAUCCCAUGCGCUCAUCCACGGCGAUCCCUACCCCUACUCCGUCAUGAACGGCGGUAUAUCUUCCGUUGAAUUGACCACUGGCUACGGAUAUUCUUCCUUUGGCAUAGACGAAUAUGCAAACAUCCCUUACACAGUCGCAGGUGACUUCACCCAGGGCCUUUUCAACGACAACCAGCCCGGGUCCAACAACACCUUCUCGUCUCCAAACUACGCACCCAGUUACAGCGGCCAAGAACCCCUGCAAAUACAAGCACCUUACUUUUCCCAGAGUCCCACGUCGACCAACAGCUAUCUACCGCACGCUGCUCCUCAUCCAAUGAGCGUCACGAGUAUUCUCGAUACAACGGAUACCGGGCAGUACAUCAUGUCCGAGUCGAAACGACAAGAACUUCUCCACCUGAUGCAGACCCAGUUUAUUGAACGCCCUCAUGAUGCUGUUAAGAAACGCAAAGAUUCAGUAUUCGAAGGUGAUCUCCAAAGCGACGGACACAUUUUGAGUCUCGGUAUGAUGAAAACGUACAUCGGCUCUUAUUGGUAUCAUCAACAUGCACAACUGCCUAUAUUGCAUAAGCCUACCUUCUCGGCCGACCGUACGCCCAACCUAUUGCUCCUUGCAGUCAUUGCCAUUGGCGCUGCUACACUGGACAAAGCGUAUGGCACAUCUUUGACUGAUUCUGCGGCGGAAUUCGCCAAUUUUGUGGCCUGGCAUGUUAGAUGGGAAAUCGUGCGGGAUGAGGACUUCAGACCGCCUGCCAAGUUGUGGGUCUUUCAGACUUUGUUGCUCAUCGAAGUGUACGAGAAGAUGUACGCGACUAGGGCUCUACAUGAAAGAGCCCACAUUCACCACGAUUCCACCCUUACCCUGAUGCGCCGGGGUAGUUCAUUGCUGGGUCGAUCCGCCGCCGAUUCGCCACCGAGUCUUCGUGGCGAACAAGACAACGGGAGAUUGUCGGUGCCAUUCUCUGGCAGUGAAGCCACUAAAUCUGAAGACGCAUGGCAACGUUGGAUCACCACGGAGGCAACCCGCCGAGCUGCUUUCGCGGCGUUCGUCAUUGACUCAAUCCAUGCUACAAUGUUUGGCCAUGCCGCCAAGAUGGUCGCGCAUGAAAUGCGAAUGCAAUUGCCAUGUGAUGAAGGUCUAUGGUCGGCAAUUUCUGCAGCAGAGGCCAGCCGCGUACAGUUGGCAUUGCAGACCAAUGGUAUCAAGCCCACCAUGUUCCUUGACGGGCUCAAGAGGACUCUGAAUGGGGAACCAGUGCGGACCAAUUCUUUCGGCCGCACCAUCAUCAUGGCCGGUCUCCUCUCAGUAUCCUGGCAUAUGACUCAACGCGAUCUGCAAAUAUCUUCCCUCGGUGCUCGAACUGCCACUUCAUUUGGCGGCCCCGAUAAAUGGAAGGGAGUUUUGUUACGAGCAUUCGACAACUGGAAGCGGGAUUUCGACGAGGCUCUUGCGGAAGCAGCUCCCACCCCGACGUCUCCGCUCCGAACGCCGGCAGCACCCCUCCACGGUCUCCUUCGCCCUGUGGAUGACGAAAACAUAUUUGAGUCACGUACCGUUCUACACCACCUCGCUCACAUUGCUGCCCACGUGGAUGUCGUAGACUGUCAAGUCUUUGCAGGGGCCAAUCGCCUCCUGGGCCGCUCAAUCACGCCCAAAGAUUAUAGUGUGAUUCGUGAGAAGAUUCAAAAAUGGGCCCUCAAAGCAUCAGCUAGGGACGCCGCAUUUUACGCCCUCAAGUUUAUCGUCCAGGUGCUCAUCCCGCCAGAUGAUGGGAUUGACGGUGUCAACAGUCGAUUAUAUGGCCACGCCAGUCCCAUUCUACCUCAAGCAUUUGAUCAGAAUCAAUAUGUUGCUCGAGACGACUUUCUAUUGAACCGCCCCUGGGUGCUUUACAUUUCGGCAUUGGUGGUCUGGUGCUAUGGAUUUGCUCUCGAAGGUCCCAUUAAACCUGCGCCUAAGGAGGAAGAUUUUGCAACAUACCGACAAAAAGAGGCAGAUAUGCGGGAUUAUCUCAACCAUGUGGGAGGUGUUCGAGCCCCUGAUGAUCUUGAGAAUGUCAAAGGCAAGAAUCGAUGUCUGGGCCUGUUGAUGAUUCUCAAGGAGUCGUUUGAGAGCACGAGAUGGGAAUUGACGCAUGAAGCUGCAGGACUGUUGGGCAAUGCCUGCUUGAAGCUACGAGGUGUCGACUCUGAGUUCUUUGCCGGUCCCAGCAGUGAUGACCUCGAGCUUGCUCAUGGGCUUUUCAAAAGUCAUGGUCAUUGGAAAGGACAUCACAAUUACUCUGGCCAUUCCCGUCACAACAGCAGGGACCAUAUGACAGUGGCCAAUGCAGCAAGGGUUUGAUCAAUAAAGGCGACAAUAUCGAGACUACAGUAUUUCUUCUCCCCGCGACCCCCCUUUUGACGAUUCUAGAGGAGAAGAUUCAUCUUGGUCGCUUGACAUUCCUGGGGGCGAGCUCCCAAAGCCUCCUAUGGUGUGGUAUGUUCAACUCUACACAUGCAACGCGCGGCCGACAGAUUGAACACGUUCUCACUCUAUGGUUUUGAUAUUUUGGAUCCGUUCUUGCAUGACGACCUCAUGAUAUCUUUGGUUGUUGGAGUCUCCUCGUUUGGAUGGAUUUGUCGACUCACCACAGACUUCUGUGAAAGGGAUGCCUUUGGCUUCUGGUAUUUCCCCGGUGUCGUUCUGUUUUAUUUCAAUUUUGAUGAUUUUGUUUUGGCUUUUGGGCGGCUAUCUGAUACCCUCUCUGUUGUGACUUUUGUCACGUUGGCUGUUGAUUUUGCUUCUUUUUGUUUUUGGCUCAUGGGUUAUGAAUCAGUUCUACGGUGGCCUACUAGGUCAUAUACAUUCGCUAGGGUUCUGGAAUGCGCAAUUGGAAUCUGAGAAACGUCGAAUGGCUACUUUCAGCAACCGGGUUCCCGACUUUGGUCGCCGUUGUUGCCGGCUGUGUUGUGUGUUGUUGUCAUCGUGGUCAGUUACUGUGGCAUACCCGUUACAUUGCAUUUCUACUAGUAACUAGUUAGCUAUUAGUACUACUUACACGACGUCUAUACACGCAUGCACAGUGACGAGUUUGAGGUCUUUUGUACAAUGUGCCUUUAGGUACUAUAUACUCCGGAACGUUGCGUCGAAUUGCUCAACUUACUCUCAGUUGUUGAUGGUGAUUCUGGUGACUAUCCCGGAAAUCCGUCUUUCUGUAGCCCUUGCAUCUCCUACCUACAAAUAGGGACUACUACUCUAGAUGACGGUAUCACAGCUCUCUUAUAACUCUGAUCCAUAUAUUACAUAUACAGUAAGUAAGGUAGGUCAAGUCGUUGCUUUUCUUUGUUUUCCUAUGUCUGCUUCCUCC